GGAGUCCAUCACUCACCAAGGGACCUCUAGCCAAUCCAAACUAUGUACCACCGGCGAACGACCCACGCGUCUCGAGAAUCUCGGACGCGUUAAAAGCGCUAAGCAUGCAUUCUUCCAUGGCUCUCCGUCAAGGAGCACGAGAGGCCAGUCUCGUCCUAAUGGCCCGUCAAACUGGUGCGAACCUAUCCAAUACCGAGCCAGUAGACAUGGGAGUCAAGAGCAGUCGGGAAGUGUACCAAGAAGCGCUAGUACUUCUCCAAGAUCCACUUUUACCCGUUCGAGCUCAAGGCCUCGCAAUGCUUCGACACCUCGUUGAACCGCCUUUGCCAACCUCAAAGACCACGCCCAUCGAAGGGGCACUGGUACCUGCGAUCCUCGACAUCUUUAUCCACUCGGUCCAAAACGAAGACAGCUUUAUAUUCCUCAAUGCGGUCCAAGGGCUCACGGCUAUGGUGCAGCGGUUUGGUAGGGACGUGUUCAAGCGAUUGUUGGACCUGUAUGCUACAGACCCAAGGCAGUCCGCCGUGGGUCUCUCGAAGCAAGAGCUAGACGUUAAAUUGCGCGUGGGAGAAGCAUUAGGUGUUGUGAUCGGCAAAUGUGGAGAGUCUCUGAGUGGCUACAUCGACUUGACCGUGCCAGUGAUAUUGGCUAUCAUCCGUGACCACCAUUUACCGAUUCCAUUACGCACCUCGGCGAUCUCCUUGGCCUCGCGGUGUGUGGAUGUAGCGCCGUUAGCGAUGGGCGUUUAUACAGCCGAGUUGAGCGGGUCUAUGUUGGACAUUUUAGAAUUGGAACAUGUAGCUGUGGUUGAGCCCAAGUCCCGGUCCAGGCACAAGCCAUCUCAACCUCAAUAUGGGAACCAACAGUGGGCGCGGGGAGACGGCGGGGCUAUAGGAACCGAAAAUGAACAACAAUCGGCAGGCGCUGUUCAUGGGCAUCUCGAUGGGGAAAAGAAGGUCGAGUCAGGUACAGACGGCGACCUCAAUCGCUCAUCUCGACAAGGAGUAGUAGGAGUAGUGGACGGAGAUACAGGGGUGAUUCCGCCAAAGAGGAGCAACAAUCUAUUGCCACCGUUCCAAGCUGGUGACCUGGCAACGGAUGCGAAUCCGACUGGAAUCGAUCCCAAACUGUCCCCACUACGCCGGGCCGGGACGAUCUUGCGCUACCUGGCGAGUGUGGAUGCAGAUUCGGUGGUGAAUGCGAUGGCAGGCGAGGCUGUUGAACUGAUGGCUCACUUGUACGGAGAUGCUUGCUUUGUUCCCAAAAGGACUCGACAAUGGGACGCGUGCAGGUCUGGCUGGCGCGGUGUGGGUAGACUGCCCGAUAUGGGCAACAAUAGUCGAUAUGCAACCACCUGCCUCCGACUGAAUCCCGCAUUACUGGCCAAAUAA